GGUCGAUCUGGUGUGUGCCAAAAUGGGUGUUGAACGUGAAGAGAUGCUUCACGCCAUCCACACAGCCGGAGAUAACGACGCCUUGAAGAUAGCUUACAACCUCGUGCGAGACAGUCAGCGGAUGAAGGAGCUGUCCGAAAGCAAACACGAUGGCGACGGGGACAGGGGCAUGUUCACAGACGCGGAGCGUAAACAGCACGAAAAGCCGUCAGAUGGCAUGGCGCCCCUGGAGGAGCUCCCUACAAUGGGAAUGUAUAUUAGCCAGAGCAAGACAGGUGUCUCUGCUCAGCCUGUGAGCCGCUCUACCAAGAAGUCGCGGUGGCAUUUGGGUAUCCGCUCGCGAAGCCAACCGUACGAUGUCAUGAGUGAGGUCUACAGGGCUAUGAAGAGUGUGGAUUUGUCGUGGAAGGUCGUGAACUCGUACCAUGUCAUCACCAGGAAAACCCAUCCCGUCACCAAACAAGAACUGAAGGUCAGCCUGCAGUUGUACAAGGUGGAUGAUCGGCAUUUCCUGUUGGAUUUCAAGAAUUUGGGCCAGUCAGCGGGUGAGAAGGAGACAUAUGAGAACAGUGGGAGUGUAGCAAUGGGCUUCUUCGAGCUUUGCGCUAUACUGAUCAGGGAAUUGGCCGUAGGCGGAGGCGGCUCUAAAUAGACGCUUAAUAUUAUCGGACCAAAAAGCGCUGCGAAGAUGAGCGGAAAUGCAAGCGAGGCCAUCUCCAAUAUUAUAUUGGUGGUUCCUCAGUCAUCUUCAAAUCGGAUUUUAAUCUUCGUACUUCACAAAAUUCGUGCAGAGCGGGCCAUGGAUCGGCAUGACGAAAUGGUCACUGUUGCACUAAAUCUUUAAAAUAUAUGUCAUGUGACACAGUUGAAUUGCACAGAUAUCGAUACACAUCAGUCUACAUACUUACAUUAGGGACGCACAAGAUCUGUCGCACCGGCCAGAGAGAGUGAAACACUGCCACUCUUAGUGCUCUUCGCCAGACUCGGUAGUGAGAACCGUCAUGGGUCUGCGUGGAUACAGUUAUAUACUCAGUAGAAUGAAAUAAAAGGUUGAUUACACGACGCCAAUCCAGCCA